AUGGACAAAAUCCCGAAAGACGAGGAGCUCUUGCUCCUUCCAGUAAAAGAAGAGUCUUUGAUAGUUCCAAAGAUAGAAGAAGACAGUUAUGAGGAGAUCUACGAGGCAUAUUCUCCACCAGUUGAGCAGCCAAAACAGGACCCUAAUGAAAGUCUCCGCGAUUAUCUGAUGAGAACCACCCAACCUCCACCCCGACCCAAAGAGCUCACCCAGGAGGACAUUGACCUUUUGGAAAGUGUAUUUUUGGAUUUUGUGACGGAAAAAGGAAUCUUUUUCGAUGCGGACGUGAUGAUCAAGUCGCUGAUCAGAAAGACGUGUUUGACAAGAAACGAGCUUCGCGACUGGAUUCGUGUUAGAAAAGAGAAAGUGAGACAGGAAGUGCCGGCGUGUCUCUCGAAAUCGACGAGUGCAGUUUUCGAAAGAGUUUACAGUGAUCUGAAGACCAAAAAUGGGGGAUGCACACCGUUUCUCUCUCCAGAACAGUUGGAUAACUUGGCGGAGGAAGUGAAUGAGAGUAAGAAAGUGAUCCAAAGAUGGUUCAACUACAAGCGGUACCGCGAGAAAAUGCAACAAGAGAGAGCCGCUGUAAAACCACUUCCCAAAGCACCCAAUCCCAGGAGACACAGCGCUGUCAAACGUCCAUGUCCACCACCUUCCGUGUCUGAUGAAGAUCGGAAAAUCUUUCAGAAACAAAUCAAAAUUUUGGAGGAGUUAUAUGAGGAAUACGGGCAUAAUGGAAUGGAACUCUCCGUCCAAGACUUGCAGUUUUUGGGAAGUAAAGGAGAGAUGGGAAGAGAAGAGCUCGAGGAAUGGUUUCAACUGAAAAUAGUUGAGGAGAACGUGUCGAACCAUUUGACUCAAUACAUGGAGGCAUCCAAGGAUCCUUUCGCAACGAUUAUUAAGAGUCAAUCGCUUACAGCAUUCUUUAAUAAUGAGUAUAAUAAGCAGAAAUGGACGACUCCAGCACGGAAUCAGAUGCUGUCGAACAGUUCGAAUCUGGCUCCGUAUGUGAUCGAUCGUUGGUUCAUCGACAAAAAAUAUAAGGAGGACUCCAAGAUUGCCCUCAAUGCGUACCGUCAAGCUGCCUCUCUCCGAUACAACGAAGAGUACCCAUUCUUCAACAAGGUUUCUCCUGGAAUGAGAUCAGCCCUUAUCGAGAUUCGCAAUGAUCCUAAAAAGUCAACGAAAGACUUUUUGAAACUAUGCCAACAGAGGAAUGAGCAUGUCGAAAUGACGGAUUUCACGUUUUUCUAUGGAAAAGAGAAUAGGAAUGAGCGAGAAUUUCAGAAGGAGUAUUUGGAGGAACAGCUGAAGAAAAUUACUCCGGAAGAGCAAGAAAUUUUGACGACAGUGUUCUACGAAUGGAGAAUCAAUGUCAACAUGUUUCUCAAACAUGUGACUCACUUGAAGUUGAGCACUACAGUGAUCAAAGAGAUGCAUGCCAAGAUGAAAAAGAAUCCGCCACCGAGGAUCGAAAUUGAAAGAAAACCGAGUACCUCUUCACAUGUCCCAGCACCAGAUUAUGUAGAGGUGAAGGCUGAAGAAGUGGAUUAUGAAGAGGUCAUCUAUGAAGAGCAAGCGGUUGUAGUAGAGGAUCAGAAGAAUAUCGAUUUGCUCAUCACGGAUGAUCAAAAUGGAACGAACUAUUUUGAGGCAAAACAGGAGAUUUUUGAAUUCGAAGAAGUACCGGGAUCAUCGUCUCAACUACUCGAACAAGUUCCAGAAGAGCACUGGAUUGAGGAGAGUGAAUAUGAUGCGUACGAGGCUCGAGAAUACGAAUAUCAGUACGAAGAGCCAUUGAUAGAAGGAGAUGAGGACCAGAAGGCUGCACACCUGUUGGAAAUGGAAUUGAGAGAUCAGGAAUAUUUUGAGGAGAAGAAACCGGAGACUGGGUGA